AUGAAUGCACCGUUAUCAGCAGCUGCACAUCCAUAUGAAACGAGAUUUUCUAUGGAAGAAAUUCAACGUAGCAUUGCAAGUAUUCAAGAUGACAAACUUAUAUUUUUACAAGUUCAGUCAAAUGAAAUGGGAGACGUCAUUGUCGAGAGUAUGGGUGAAAUAUCAGUGGGUCUUCAAAAAAUUAUUUAUUGUAUUGAAGAAUUUCGAAGUAUCGAGCAAUGCUGUGUGUAUACAAGUGAGAUACCAAAUACGAGUAUUAGACUUUACUUGUCUAAUAAUCUGGAUGAGGGAAGGAUGUCAUCUCUAUCGGCAUACUUUUCUCGUUCGUAA